GUGUUGAUAAUUUGUGCAGAUAACAUCAAAAAAUUUAAUAAUGAUUUUGAGUUUGAAACUUUUGCUGAUCGUAACAUCAGUUGCAAUCGCUCCGAUAAGAUGUGCAACUUGUCACUUCUAUCUGGACGAAUUUUUGUUCUAUGGUUGCGAAAUGUUUGAUGUUAAUGUCACUGAAGAAAAUCAACCUUUUGAAAUUACUGGAGAACAUCUUCCUGGAUAUUCUGAUUCAAAUGUCAGAUGGCUGAAUGUCACCGACUCUGGAAUAAUGAAUUUCAUCCCGAAUGCUAUUUCUGAAACGUUUCGAAGUAUUUCUAAUUUAGUGGAUUUCGGUGGAGUUCAGUUGAAGGAAUUAAAUCCAGAAGCAUUUCAAUUUCGAAUGAUCCGCACUAUAAAUUUAGACAAAAAUUUGAUUAAGAAAAUUCCGCCACGAGCCUUCAAUGGCUGUUUGUUUCUUAGAUAUCUAAAUUUGGACAACAACCUCAUCGACACCCUUGCAGAUUUUGCAUUUUAUGACAACAUCUUUCUACGACAUUUGAUACUUUCCAAUAAUUUAUUGACAACAUUACCGGAAACUGCGUUUGUUAAUUUAACACUGACGCAUCUUUAUCUUGAUAACAACAGACUGGUUUAUUUACCAGAAAAUGUUUUCUCAACACUACAAUUAUUGAAUGUUCUCAACUUAGAUAACAAUUUGCUUGUGUCAAUUCCACCAAGAUUGCUGGAAGGGACAGGGUUAAGAAAACUUUAUCUGAACUCUAAUCAGCUUGAAAGUUUAGAUUUAGGUGGUGAUGAAGAUUUUACAAAUAUAUUUCCGUUAUCUGAAGUUUACGUAAAUAAUAAUAGAAUUACUGCCCUGCAAGAGAAUUUAUUCAGAAGAGCUGAAUGGGUGAGAAUAUUUGAAGCUGGUUGGAAUAAUAUCAGCACAAUUCAUCCGAAUGCUUUUAACCAAAACUCUACGCAUUCAAGCCUGGCACGCAUUGGAUUAUCGCAUAACAGUUUGACAGAAAUAAUUCCUGGAACUUUUCAAAGGCUGUCUUCUCUUUGGAGAGUCGAAUUAAAUUCUAAUCGAAUUUCAACAUUGACCAAUGAUGACUUCGUCCAAUGCUCAUUUACACCAUGCUUUGGACCUGACAUUCUCGACCUUUCUGAUAACGAACUGGAAAUUAUUCAUUCGCAAUUUUUUGUCAACAUGGCUCGUUUAAGGACUUUGAAUUUAUCAUCGAACAAAAUAUCAGCAAUUGAUCGACAUUCGGUAGAAAUAUUGACAAAUAUGAAAAAUUUAUUUUUAUCAGAUAAUUCGUGUGCUGAAGCAAACUUUGAAGAGAUAACAGAAGAAAAUAUUCCUGAAAUUAAAGAAUCACUGGAGGAAUGUUUCAACAAUUAUGACGAACUUCUUGUAAAUGGAUCAACUUUUGAAUGA